CAACGGCCGGACCUGGGCGGGGCACGGGUCGGAGUAGAGGAGGGAAGCCAAGGCCCCAGAGCCCGGGCAGGGUCCCCCCUAGCCUGGCCGCAGCAAGCCCUUCCUCUCGUGAGAUCAGCGAGCGCCCACUCGGAGGAGACCGCGAGGAGUCGGCGAGAUGCUCGGCUCAGCCCCGCGGAGCCCGGUGCCGGUUGCUUAGGCGUUGCUAUCACAGUUAACCCUGGCCCAGCCCCAGCCCGGCCCUGGCGAGCACAGGUGCAGCUAAAAGACAGCUGCCGCCUGGAGCUCUUGAGGCCAAGGAGGUGUACCCUUGCCAAGUGUGGAGCUUGAGCAGAGCCGGGGCUGGUGACAGCAUGACGAGCGAGGUGAUAGAAGACGAGAAGCAGUUCUACUCGAAGGCCAAGACGUACUGGAAGCAGAUCCCACCCACGGUGGACGGCAUGCUUGGGGGGUAUGGCCACAUCUCCAACAUCGACCUCAGCAGCUCCCGGAAGUUCCUGCAGAGGUUCCUGAGGGAAGGCCCGAACAAGACAGGAACUUCCUGUGCCCUGGACUGUGGAGCUGGCAUUGGGAGGAUCACCAAGCGGCUGCUUCUGCCACUAUUUAAAGUGGUGGAUAUGGUCGACAUGACAGAGGACUUUCUGGCCAAAGCCAAGAGCUACCUGGGGGAAGAAGGCAAGAGGGUGAGGAACUACUUCUGCUGCGGUCUGCAGGACUUCAGGCCGGAGCCGGGCUCUUAUGAUGUGAUCUGGAUCCAGUGGGUGAUAGGCCACCUGACUGAUCAGCAUCUGGCCGAGUUCCUACGGCGCUGUAAGCAGGGCCUCCGCCCCAACGGCAUCAUCGUCAUCAAAGACAACAUGGCCCAGGAGGGCGUGAUCCUGGACGAUGUGGACAGCAGCGUAUGCCGGGACCUUGAUGUGGUCCGCAGGAUCAUCCGCAGUGCAGGCCUCAAUCUCCUGGCUGAGGAGCGACAGGAGAACCUCCCUGACGAGAUCUACCAUGUCUACAGCUUUGCCCUGAGAUGAGCUGCGGUGGCUGGAGAGGCCAGGGACCAGAGCCAAGGUGGGGGGCGCUGGCAGCUAGUGUGGCUCAGGAGUGUCAAGGGGCUGCUAAAUAUAUCUGUCUGCCGUCCACUCA